CGAGGCGCGCAUGCGCCCUCCGCCUCCCGCCCGGCGCGAGCGGAAGUCGCGUGACCCCGGAAGUGGCAGGCCGGGCGCGCGCGGGCGGGGCGGCGACGUUCGUCAUUCCGUGCGGGAGGGAGCGCGAGAGCGGCGCGGUCGAGCCUCCGGUGUGCCAGACCCAGGUAGAGGCGAGCAUGGCUGAGCAGGAGCCCACAGCUGAGCAGCUGGCACAGAUCGCGGCCGAGAACGAGGAGGAUGAACACUCGGUCAACUAUAAGCCCCCCGCCCAGAAGAGCAUCCAGGAGAUCCAGGAGCUGGACAAGGAUGAUGAGAGUCUGCGCAAGUACAAGGAGGCCCUGUUGGGCCGUGUAACUGUGUCUGCUGACCCCAACGUCCCCAAUGUUGUUGUGACCCGCCUGACCCUGGUGUGUAGCACGGCCCCGGGCCCCCUGGAGCUGGACCUGACAGGUGACCUGGAGAGCUUCAAGAAGCAGUCCUUUGUGCUGAAGGAGGGCGUGGAGUACCGGAUAAAAAUCUCUUUCCGAGUGAACCGGGAGAUUGUGUCUGGCAUGAAGUAUAUUCAGCACACGUAUCGGAAGGGCGUCAAGAUUGACAAGACCGACUACAUGGUGGGCAGCUAUGGGCCCCGGGCAGAGGAGUACGAGUUUCUGACCCCCACGGAGGAGGCGCCCAAGGGUAUGUUGGCUCGUGGCAGCUACAACAUCAAGUCCCGGUUCACAGACGACGACAAGACUGACCACCUGUCCUGGGAGUGGAACCUUACCAUCAAAAAGGAAUGGAAGGACUGAGCCCUGGCCUGGGAGGUGGGCUGGCCUUCGGACAGACAGUCGGACCUGUCUGACGUGCCCCACCCCUACCACCCCCACCCCAUCCCAUCCCAACCCCUUACCAAAGUGCUGACGGGUCUGCCCCCCUGGCCGACCCUACCCAUCCCUCCUGGCCCCGCCCCGCAGGCCCCAGCCUCCUCGGUGGUCUCACCUUGCUGCUUCUGCCUGUGCUGGGGGGGUAGAGGGGGGAGGGAGCCUCUAGGCCAGGCCUCCACCUCCCCUUCUGUACCCCUUCGGGUUCCUCCACCCAUCCUAACCCAUCCUGAGGCCCUGGGUUUUCUAAGGGAAUCUCAUGGGGUGCUCAGGUCCCUGCGGGCCUUUGCGGUUGCCCCGAAUCCUGUUCUUUCUCUUCUUCCGGGGUGGGGGUGGGGUGGGGUGCAUGAUUCGAGGCCUCUUGGGGGCCGGCCACCCUCCUGCUUUCACCUGUCCCCGGUCAGUUCAUUCAUCGCUGUCAGUAACUGUCUAACCAUGAUGCCUUAACAUGUGGAACGUGUGCUGUGGGGGCCGUCACUAACCUCUAACCCCCCCAUGUCUGCAUGAGCAUGUGGUCUCCCCCGGUCCCUGCCCCAUCCGCAGUCCCUGUGGCCCGGGGAGGUGUGUGGGAUGUGCUGCUGCUGCUCCCCUGGCUGCCAGGGCCUAGCCAGCCCCCUCCCCCGGCCAGGGCUGCGGGGACGGCUCCCGGGGCUGGGGGAAAGCCAAAUUGCCAAAACUGAACUUGCCUCCGUUCCCAUCUGGGAGGCCAGGUGUCCUCACGCCUCUGCCUUCUUCGUCCCAGUGGGCAGUGCCAGAGCCCACGGCCCCAGCAGACAACCCUCGGCGGACAAAGCCAGCGGCUGAGCCUUACUUGUCCCACUGGGCCUGCCGGCCUGGAGUCGUGUGCCUGGCCUGUCAGUAUUUAUUGCCUCCAUAUGUGCCGUCCUCUGGGCCCCCUGGCCUGCCACCUCUGCCCCCAGGCUCGGUGCCACCAUCCCCGGCAGGCCCUCCCCGGACCCAGCCAGGACAACUGUGGGACCAAGUGCGCACAGUCGGAGCCCUCCCCUGUGCCUCCCCUCCCUGCCUCCCCCGUUAGGCCCGGGGCCUAGAAUGUUCAGGAGCCUGACCCUGCUUCUCCUUUUCUGACCGGGAAAUAAAGUCCCCCAAAGGAG